UGUUUGUGUCCACUACAGUCUACAGCUUGACACCAGCUCCAAAGUCUUCCCUCAAGUCAUGAAUAAACCUUUUCCAAGAAUAAGAUUCCUUAGGGUUUUCUUACAACUUGAUCAAAGCUUGUGAUAAUUCUACACAAACAUUUAGAAAGUUAUACUAUAUUUUUGGGUUUUCUUAUUGAUCUGAUGAUAUAAGAAGAAAUCAUGGAAGGAGGAGGUGAAGAGAAAAAGCAUGUAUAUUCGGUAUGGGCAAUCCCACCAGCAGAUGUACAAGAAAGGGUGAAAAAAGUAAUGAAAAGCUUAAGAUCAGAAUUUGAUGGACCGGAGUUUGAACCACAUGUUACUGUUGUUGGAGCUAUUGAACUCACUGAAUCUGAUGCCCUUGUUAAAUUCAAAUCUGCUUGUGAAAAUCUCAAACCUUAUACUGCUAAUGUUGUUUCAGUAGCUACCGGGACUUUCUUUUAUCAAUGUGUUUAUCUCUUAUUACACCCCACUCCUGAGGUUAACGAAACAGCUAUUCAUUGCUGGAACCAUUUUGGGUACAAUAGCUCAAACGCUUAUAUGCCACAUUUGAGCCUCCUUUACGCGGAUCUAACAGAGGGGGAGAAGCUAAGAGCUAAAGAGAAAGCAGUAGCACUUGAUGAGAACUUCGGCACUUUGAGCUUCAGAAUAUCUCAGCUUGCCUUGUAUAAAACAGAUACUGCAGAUAAGACUCUAAAGUCAUGGGAGAAGGUGGCUGAAUACAAUCUUGCCUAGAUUUUCUUUUCAAAUAAACGACACCCGUGUAUGCAGCGUUGCUGCCUUCUGUAGUUCUCUUAUUCUGUUGCAACUUCUAAUGCUAUUAAUAACAAAUUUCAAGUUUUAUCUACAAGAUUUA